AAACAACACACACUGCCCAUCACACACCAACAACCCAGCAAGAAGACCAACAGUAGCAAACUCAAGAGAGCAGAAUGGAUGCCCCCAACACUCACAUGAGUAUUUGACGACGAAGACUGUUUUCAAAACUUAAUUCACUGCUGCAUGUUUCACCUUGUCUUCAAUUAUGUCGUCAGAGGAAAGGGAACAAAUUUGUCGCCUUGUUGUCCACCAGGCAAGACGACUCAGGGACAAAGGUGCAGAUGGUUCGUGCAGCAGCCCCUUCGUAAAGAUGACUAGCGGCAGAGAGCGGUUCAUCACAUCGGUCGCUGACAAGUCUCCAAACCCAAAAUGGAAUGAAGAUUGUGAAUUUAAUAUUACAAAAGGAAACCCAAGCGUGGAGCUCUUGGUUUGUCAUCGAGGAAAGCUAUUGGACGAUUUCCUCGGCAUGGUAACAAUUCAUCCAAUGAGUGAGCAGGGAAAGCAAUCCAUCAGUAGGAAGUGGUACAAACUGCAGCACCGGCCAAACAAAACAAAGAAAGAUGUCAAAGAUCGCGGCGAGAUAGAUGUCUCAGUUGAAGUGCUCGAUAAUAACUUGGAAUAUCUUUGUUUGGAUGAUGUGUCGGAGGUCAUAGGUCAUUCAGUCAGGGCCAAGAGGUCAUCAACAUUGCCUGUCAUGUCACCAGGAGGUAUGAGAAGUAAAUUGACGAUGUCUCGCAUUAAAAACUACAUUGCACCCCACCGAGACGGAGGUCCACCGUCAGACUUUAUGGUACCGGAGAGAGUGAAGUCCAUCUCCAACGACAGUGGGAAGGCAUCAGACUCCUUCACGUCGGACAGCCCUACCUCUGUCAGGAGAACGGCCUCCUUUAACGCUUCAGAGAACUUUGGUUCCGAAGAAUCCAUCGAGAGUACGGGGAAGAGCCGAAAGAAAGGAUUGAGGAAAAAGAUGAAGAAUGCAUUCGGUUCUUUGAAGCGAGAAAAGACUCCACACAAAGACACAUCAGACAGUCCGUACAGCAGUGCUUCAAGUCUGCCUACAGAAGACCCUCAGCAGCAACUACCCUGUACCGACCCAUCAGCCCAACGUUCGCCUUGUGAUGAACCCUCACGCCCCCCGCCGCAACUACCCCAAGACGUGCCACGGCGGAACCGCAUUGCGUCUACUUCAGACCUACAUGCCACGCCCGUGGCAAGAGAGCCACGCCCUCUUUCUUACCCAUUGAGGUCCAUUUCGGAGGAUCACAUACCCCUGCAAGUCAUGUUCUCACAGACGGACCCACAGAGGGCGGGGCAUCAUGGUGGAGGGGGCAGUCAGCAAGGGGCAGAUUCAGGGCAAUCCUCGACGGAAGAUAUAAAAAUGCGACACUCGUUCAGAAGUGGUCUACCCUCACUUCGUAAAAGCAAUGUCUGCGUAACCUUUGACCCCUCUGCUGUGGGCGGCUACGGAACAAGAGAGGACGCAGGUGAACAGCAGAAGCCGUUACCAUCUCAGUAUAUGAACAUGACAAAAGAGGCUCUCAUUCGGCGGCUCCUACUUAAAGAGCAACUUCUACGAGAUCGGCAAAGAUACGUCCGAGAGCUUGAAGACUACACGGACAAUCUUCUACUUAAAGUCAUACUAGAGAGCCCCAGGCUGUUGGAGAGGGACUUUCACCCGAUUAAAAAGUCUUAAAGGAACACAGUGUCUUGGAUUGGUCGAGUUGGUCUUUGAAAAGCGUUUGUA